CAGAUGCUAUUUCAUUUAUAAUAUCUCAGAAUCGAAGGAGCUGAGAUUAACAAGAGUCUUUUGGCUCUCAAGGAGUGUAUCAGAGCCCUUGACAAUGACCAGAUUCAUAUUCCAUUCCGGGGAAGCAAACUCACUGAGGUGCUUCGUGAUUCUUUUGUUGGAAACUCAAGGACUGUCAUGAUUUCUUGCAUUUCUCCAAAUGCUGGUUCAUGCGAGCACACACUUAAUACAUUGAGAUAUGCCGACAGGGUCAAAAGUCUUUCUAAAGGUGGAAAUUCCAAAAAGGAUCAAGGUGCAACAAGUUCAUUAACACCCACAUACAGGGAAUCUUCAUCAGCCACAACUUUUCCUUUUUCUUCUGAUAUUGAUGAUUUUCAAGAGCACUAUCAAGAGGUUAAAAUGGUAGAUAUGGGUAGAAGGGUUGUGGAAAAGGACAACCAAUUUCAGAAUCCUCCUGUUGAACUGAACAAGCUUCCAUCUACUUAUACAGCCAACUACCUAUCCAAUGGGCGAGAAGAGGUUGACAAGCAAACUUUUGGUGGUAUAACAAGUCAAAAACCAUAUUCUUCUACUUAUACACGUAGCUCAGCAGAAGCAGAUGAAAAAGUGCAGAAAGUCUCACCACCAAGAAGAAAAGCUUCUGUGGAUGAGAAGCCUGAAAGGCUAGUGAGUUUACAGCAGAAGAAGGAUGCUGCUAGUGUCCCUGAUGUUUCCACUAGUAGUUACAAGCAGCAGCAGCAAAAGACAAUCAAUUUCAUUAAUGACAAUGGAGUAUCCAAACAGUAUGAACCUGAAUCGCCAGAUGGAAAUAUCAAUCAAAUACUGGAGGAAGAAGAAGCUCUAAUUGCUGCUCAUAGAAAAGAAAUUGAAGAUACAAUGGAGAUUGUCCGCGAAGAAAUGAAGCUGUUGGCUGAAGUAGACCAACCGGGUAGCAUGAUUGACAAUUAUAUAACUCAGCUGAGUUUUGUGCUUUCCCGAAAAGCAGCAGGGUUAGUCAGCCUUCAAGCUCGCCUUGCUAGGUUCCAGCACCGUCUUAAGGAACAAGAGAUUCUAAGUACUAGGAAGAGAGUGCCACCACGUUAAGGUGUCACCAUCAAUGGAAAGAAAGCCUCUCUCAGCAAUCACUUAGGGUUUUCAGUGAAGCUGCUCUACUCUCUCCAAUGGAGUGUGAGAAUUACGCAAAGUUGGUUGAUCUCCAAGGGUAUAUAUAUAUAUAUAACACAUUGAUUUAUCCAAGGAUUUCAAAGCUGGGGCAAUCGUUGAGAGAAAUCAACGUCAGUUGUUGUUGUAUGAUGUAUAGUCAUGUUGUCGAUUUAUAUGGAUGUUGUCUAGCUAGACUGGGGGAUGGAUGAGGUUUGCAAAAAAACUUGACGACGAGUGUAAUGGGUUGCAGAAAAGAACCACAAAAAAAAAAGUUGGAUACUUCUACUACUAGUACUGCUAUUGUAAUAAGUUCAUUCUUCCUCAGUUUGUUUGUUGUCUAGGUUGAUGUUGUGUUCUAUAUUCAAUUGUUUUUGUUGUUUUUUUAAUUGUUUCCUCUAAAAAACAAAUAUAUGUUAUAUAUGUUUCUAUUGGAUUGUGAACUUUUACUGCACAUACAAAAAUGCAUUUCUUUCUUAGCCUUUUGGUUGAUUAGAUAUCA